CCCAAUUAUCCGGGCUCUGUCAGCCAAGCCCAAAUAUAAUUUAUCAUCGUCUUCGAUGAAAAACCCUAAGCAAUUAGGGAGCUGAGUUUUGUAGUUUAGGGUUUAGAACUGUCUCUAAUGGCUCCCGCUAAAGCAGAUGUAAUAAAAAAAGGUGACCCCAAAGCUCAAGCUGUAAAAGCUGCCAAGGCUGUGAAGUCGGGAUCAACCUUUAAGAAGGUGUCAAAAAGAAUACGAACAAAAGUUACAUUUCAUCGGCCUAAGACAUUGAAGAAGGACAGAAAUCCCAAGUAUCCCAGGAUUAGUGCACCUGGAAGGAACAGACUUGAUCAGUACCAGAUUCUUCAAUGUCCUCUAACCACCGAGUCUGCAAUGAAGAAAAUUGAGGAUAAUAAUACACUUGUAUUUAUUGUUGACAUCCAUGCUGACAAAAAGAAGAUCAAGGAUGCGGUGAAGAAAAUGUAUGACAUCCAGGCAAAGAAAGUCAAUACGUUGAUCAGGCCUGAUGGAACUAAGAAGGCCUACGUGAGGUUGACGCCCGACUAUGAUGCUUUAGAUGUGGCAAAUAAAAUUGGAAUCAUCUAAACGCGUUAAAUAGUUGUAUUUUUUGAGUAUGAGAGUUUACAACUUCUGAAUUGAAAUACCCAAAUAUAUUCAAUUUUGACAGUUAAUAGUUACAAAAUGUACUUGUUCUAUAUAAGUCUUUCAAACUAUCACUGUUGUGGCUCUUGCAAUGUAUUUACAUCAUCUUUGCAUGAAGAAAGUUAAAGUGAUUUACAAAAAA